GAAUCGAGCGGCGGACGGCAGACGCGCACCGGAGUGGCCGUCUGCUCACAGCGCCGGGCUCUACUUGUGGCCGGAAUCGUGCUCGGCUCGCUGCUGCUGACGGCCAUCAUCAUCGCCUACGCUGGACCGCAGAACGGUAGGUUUGCCCCGUGCCCCAUGACCCAUGCCACCAUGCCACCAUGCCACCAUGCCACCAUGCCACCAUGCCACCAUGCCACCAGAUUCGUGCCCCAAAAGGCGGCGCCAUUCUCACACCGUUACGUUACGUUCUUUUCUUUUCUACUUUCCUUUUACCGAGACUUUUUUCGACCAUGUUCACCUCGUUCGUUUUUCCUUUUCGCCCACAGAAACAGAAACAGUACAGAAACAGAACAUCGAGUGGUUUGGGUUCACCCUUUGUGUUUGUUGUGAUUGUUGUUGCUGUUACUUGAUUAUGCCUUUAUUGGGGGCGACAGGAUAUGUAGUCAAUUGGACGGGACAGUAAAGGCGGCUAUAAAAGGGUUCACGAAAUUUGACAGCCUUAAAAAUGGGUAUUCAGUUUGACGUGAAUAGAACAAUAGAGUAAUGAAAUUCAGUUUCCUGAAUAGAUGUGUCUAGCAUAGGAAAAGGGUUAAUAUGGCUUUGAAAGAAUAUGGAUGAGUAAAAUAGAAGAAGUAAUCAGUCAUAUGCGGCAUAAACGAAGCCACAAGCUUUGCAAUUCUGUAGAUUAAAGAAAAAAUUCUUUAAAAUCUUUAAAAAGAGAAUCUAUAAAGAUAAGAAGCAUUUACCUCAAACCGACUCGUUCCAAGUAUAAUGGGUGCACAUACGAUUGAGUCAUAAAUCAACGUGUCGUGGGGAAUCAUGAAUAAUGCAGCCCCUUCUCAGUUCGAGCCAAGUAUCUAUGACUAAAGCCGCCUCAAGGUUCAAAGUGGCGGCCCAAUAAAUCCGUAUAAAUGGUAAUUGAAUUCCUUGACCGGCGGCGUUCGAAGCGGGGCCAUAAACCACGUGGGCAAGGCAAUCCAUUUAGAGCCGAGUAAUAUGCUUUUAACCAUAUUAAGUGGGAGCAUAAAGGAAUCAUCCGCAGUUCGCGUAUAAAUAGAUGCAACUGCAGCACCUAACCCCACCGCGAUGUUCCCAAUGGAUCCAUAGGCCUCGACCUGGUAUACUGUGUAUAUUGAAUGGCAGAAUUAUGCAAAGUGCAAACACUCACAUGCUCGCGGGAAGUUUCUGUUGCAUACUUAAUGGGGCUAAAUGCAUUGGGGGAUAAUUGCAUUAACUGUCAUGGGGAAAGGGAAAACAAGCCGCACGAAAGUGUGUUUGUGUUUGCGGACUGGUGGAGGAAAUGUGCACGGACACAUGUCUGGUGGAAAGUUAAUUUUCCAGCGCCGCGAGGUCGAUUAUCAAUCAACAUUGUCCACCAUGUAGCUUUAACUUCUGCUUCCGCCGAUCCAAUUAGACGGUUUGAUCAGCUUUUAUACAUUUUCCACCCGACCCUUCUAUACAGUAUAUAUAUAUCCAUUAAUAUAUCUAAAUGAUUUCCUGAUCAUCGUUUGUUUGUUUUCCAUUUUCGUUUCCUUUUUGCCUUCGACUUUGUAUACCAAAUGUUUAUUAUAUAUAUAUAUAUAUGAAUCUUUGAAAAAAUAUGAAAUAUUUCUCUUAAAUGCUUGUUUGAUUGAUUGGUUAAAAUACUGCUCCUGCGGAUCGAAAACGGUGUCCGGUUACGAAACGGAUGAAGAGAACAACACGCAGCCCUUCAAUCCGAUUGCCACCAACGGGGAGCCCUUUCCCUGGCUGGAGAAGAUGCUGCCCACCAGUGUGCGACCGCUGCGCUACAUGGUCACCAUCCAUCCCAAUCUGACGACACUGGAUGUCAAAGGCCAAGUCACCAUCGAUUUGCAUGUGGAGAAGGAGACCAACUUCAUUGUGCUGCACAUCCAGGACCUCAACGUCACCGAGAAGGCCAUCGUGACCCCGGGCCCCAAAGGCUAUGCCCUCAAGAUUGUUAAGGUGCUGGAGUUUCCGCCCCGACAGCAGCUGUACAUCGAGGUGAAGGAGCGGCUCAAAAAGAAGUCCAAUUACACCCUCAAUCUUCGCUGGUACUCCAAACUCAAUCCGGAGCCAGAGGGCUUCUAUGUCGACCAGUACGAGAGCUCCAAUGGCGUUGAACGAUUAUUGGCUGCCACAGUUUUCCGACCGAAUGGCGCAAGAAGAGCAUUUCCCUGCUUCGAUGAGCCGCAUGUACGAGCACCGUUCCGGAUCUCCGUGUUCCGCGAUCGCUUCCACAUCGGACUGUCCAACUCCAUAGUGCACACCACCGAGGACGUAGGCUUCUACAUGGGCACAGGAUUGCUGCGCGAUGAUUUUAUAGAGACUCCACCACUGCCCGCCGAUGCGGUGGCCUGGGUGGUGAGUGACUUCCAGCGCGAAUCCCUGCAGCCCUCAGCGGCAUAUAUCCCCACGACGCCAGCGCCACCGGGCACCGGAGUGGGUGGCAAAAAGUCCGCCCAGCUGAACAAUUAUACGCAGCUUAAGGGCAAAAACCCGCCGGUACGAAACAUCACUGCCCUCACUCAUUCACUGAAUGUCAACCUGACGCCACGGCAAAACCUGACUGUUGUUCAACCCACGACGACGACAGCUUGGCCAGUGAAUCUCAAUGGGAACGGAAAGCCAACGAAUCUAACAUCACUUUCCCAGUCCACGGGAUCGUCGAUAAAGAGAGCUCCAUCCUACACAUUCUAUGCACCCAGGGAUCUGCUGAUUCGCUCCUCAUUCAUUCUGCACACUUCAAGAGACGUGCUGGAGUAUUUGCAGACCUGGUUGGAUAUCAGUUAUCCGCUCACGAAAGUGGACUUUGUGGCUUUGCCUUCCCUGGAUCGCAACAUGAUCUCCUCGCUGGGAUUGGUCACAUUGAAGACCUCGUUCUUAACGGAUCCCAGUUCGAUAACCUCUGAGCAAUAUCAGUUCAGUGCACUUCGCAUUGCCGAGGCGAUGGUAAGGCAGUUCUUUGGAGGAAUCACGUCGCGAAAGGUGCUCAAGGAUGUGUGGUUGUGGGAGGGAUUAAUCCAGUAUUUGGGCAUUCACGCCUUGGCUCCGCUCCAGGAAACGUGGCCCUUGAGGGAAAUGUACCUGCUUAAGAUGGCCACCGCUGCGUUGGAUAUCGAUGCCAUUCAAGGUUGGGAUAGCAUCAUGAACGGCACCAGUCACGAUGGCAACAAUGAGGAGUUCUUUGUUCAAAAGACAGCGGCCAUAUUCUCCAUGCUGCACACGGCCAUCGGUGAGGAUCGAUUCAGGGGCUGUCUGGGCUCGUUCCUUAAGGUGAAUCGAUUCCGCACUGCUGAGCCCACCGAUCUGUGGACCAUUUGCACGAAGAAAGCCAACGGCUCAAAGAAUAUCAAGGACAUGAUGACGCUGUGGACGCAUCAGCCUGGCUUCCCCCUCCUCACGGUCACCAAGAUGGGCAACAGCAUUUCCAUCUCGCAGAGACCUUUUCGACCCGCGGAAUUUCUGGCCAUCCAUGACGACUCCUACGAUGGGAAUAACUACAAUAAAACGACGCUGAAUGCCACCGAUAUGCCCAGCACAGUGGCACCCACCACACAGGGUAGCAAGCAUAAGGUGGCGCCGCACAUGAAGUGGAUCUUUCCAGUCACCUAUGUCACAGAUAUCAACAAUGUCAGCGAAACGCUCUGGAUGCAGAAUGUAGAUGUAACCUUCAACGUGCCGGAGAACGUGAAAUGGAUCAAAGUGAAUGCCAUACAAAACGGCUAUUACCGUGUGGUCUACAAUGAUGAUAACUGGGCAAGUCUGAUCGAGGAGUUGGCCGCCAAUCCCAACCGCUUUACCAGCGAGGAUCGCCUGGGCAUGUUGUCGGAUGCCUUUACGCUAUGUCACGCCAAUCUGCUGCCCUGUGAGAUCACCAUGAACAUGAUUCAAUAUCUGCCCAGUGAGACACACUACGGUCCAAUGGCAUUGGCAUUGCGGCAUUUGGAAAAGUGGCGACGCAUCCUCAAGUACUCGGAGUGCUUCCUCAUGCUCAGCGAGUUCAUCAAGAUGAAGAUAUCCACGGUGAUGGAGAAGGUGGGCUGGUCGGAUGAUGGUGAUGUGGCCACCAGAUUACUGCGUCCCGAAGUGCUGUUGGCAUCGGUUCUGUGGGAAGACAUCGAUAGCAUCACCAAGGCGAAGAACAUGCUAAAUCAGUAUCUAUACUACAAUGGCACCGCCAUACCACCCAAUCUUAGAGAGGUGGUUUACACGGGCUCCAUUCUAUCCGGCGAGUACAUUUACUGGCAGCAUUGCUGGGAGCGCUUUGUAAACCUGCAGCGCACAUCGGAGACAUUCGUGGAGCGGAUGCAGUUGCUCCGUGCUUUGGGCAGAACCAAGGAUGCCUGGCUGCAGAAUCGCCUGUUAUCCCACGUUACCAUGCUGCCCACCGAGGAGGUGGUGCAGGUGCUCAAGGCGAUUGCAGGAACGCCGACGGGCGGUGCUAUGGCCUGUCGCUUCCUGCAGGCCAAGUGGUUCGAGCUGGAGAAGCGCCUGGGACCGGGAACAAUCAGUUUCGCCAAGGUCAUAUCGGCCAUCACCCAGUACGGGGCCACCAAGUUCGAUUACGAUGAGCUCAAAUCGCUGGUCCAUCGAUUUGGCAGAGGUCAUGGCAUGUCGGUGCUGAACAUGACCUUGAGCAGCGUGGCCUCCAACGUGGAGUGGGUGGCCCGGUCACAGACGUCGCUCUACAAGUGGGUGGAGGGCAACCUGCACUCGCACCGAUAGAGGAGAUAGGGGACACACGGAGGUCCUGGUCACAGUUCUCUCUUCACACACUCAUUUGUAAUUAUGUUCCUCUCUCAGACACGAAUCUUAAGUGAGCUUUGAUUUCGCCAAGUUAACUAACACAAUGGAUCUAUGUACUCUUUACCAUAUCAUUGCCAAUUCGAUCGAUCUCCUUGGUUUUCUCUGUAGCUAACCUAUGAUUUUAGUAUACUUAAUGUUAGCCAACUCAAACUGUAAAAUACGAUUGCUAUGAUCAAGCAAGCAGCUCUUAUAUAUGUGUAUAUCUAUCUAUCCAAAAGUGGAGAAAACCUUUUCUAGCACAUACGAACGUGUAUAUCUACAACUGAACAUAAGGAUAUAUCUAUAUAUGUAUAUUGUAUAUGUAUGUAUAUUUUACAAACCAAACCAAAACAAAACAAAACCAAAACAUAUUUAGAGCAAUGGAUAAUUGUAGAUUGUAAGCGAAGAACAAAGAACAACAUAUUUUUUCAUAAAAUCUAAAACGUAACAAAAGAAUCCCCAGAAUCGAUAAACUAAAUCGCCUAUGAAUGCAUUCUAGUAACUGUAUAGCAUAUGUAUAUUAGUAUUAGUGAGCAUUGCGCUCGUGUGUGUGUCCGUGUAUGUGCGCAUCGAAAUAUCACAGAAAUCUUCCUUUUGCCCAAAGAUAAUGUACUUAAGUACCCACAUAUAUACUCUAUGCUGCCUGGCCAAAAAAACCAAUUAGUAAAUAACCAAGACCAAGUUUUAAAUAUCUUUUGAUUUCUAAAUGUAUUUGGAAAAUCAGUGUUAGCUUCCAAUCAAUUAAUAUAAAUAUUAUGUCAAAUCAAUAGAAUUUUGUCUGAAUGUUUAUUACUUAUAUUUUCUUAUAUUUGAAAUGCUAGUAAUAAUUUCAACUUUAAAUAAUGCAUAAAUUUUGAAUCGAAAUCAGUUUGAAAACAAGUUUUAAUCAGAAAGAUACGUUCUGGCAAUAUAAAAAACAUGUCGGCGAAUAGAAAUAUUUAUCGCUAGGCCAAUUAGCUUAAAAUCUGUUAACGAUAUCGUAUGGCUGCCAUAGUAAUUAACUGGUCAAAAUAUCAGUAUGGUGCCAUGAACUACAUACAUGGAUAUAUGUAAAGUUCGCGUCUAUCGAGCUCUAGUGUGUGGUCUAAGGUCAGGCAGGCAGAUAUAACUUAGGAAAUCGAGAUACGACAUAACCAUAACCCAUAUGUACAUACAUGGCAUACAUGCUGUAGUUUGCUAGCAGACAAGACAUGUUCAACACUUUUUAUUUACGCACUAUGCCUAUGACACUUAAACUGUGUACCAGAUUACAACGUUCCGACUAGUGUCUUAUUAAAGACAUUUUACCAUCUAAUUUACUACUUAACCAUAACGCUGCUUAUCAUUUGAUUGGCGUUGAAAGACCGGCGUUCCAAAGAUAGCCAGAUUAUACAGGCCGAGGUGUUUGUGCAAACCGAGGGAAUCCGUCAACUUCUGCCACUUAUAUAGCUACGGUUCCAUGGCACGCCGGUUUUGUCAUUAGAAACCAAAGAAACGUGUAAAAGUUGAGCCAUUUGAGCGGAACGCGAUAAGAAAGUGCCAUGCGACUAGAUUAGCUUAGUGGGCGACAUGGGCGUAGAUGGGUCAGUUAUCAAGGGGCAACCUUUUUCAGUCAUCAGAAAGAAAUAUUAAGCUAUCGAGGAAGAAGAACCUAUACUUUUGAAAUCACUAAGAGCUAACAAUCCGCAGUGAGCCACACAUGAAGUAUCAAUCGUUGGAAAUGGUUAAGCAGGUUCAGCGUUAAACCUUCAGCCGCAUUUGACUAUGCUAAUUUGUAAAGGUGUAUUUGCAUUAGGCCAUUUGAGAUCUUUGAUUUCGUUUUUUGGGAGGAAUAGGUUGAUUUGCUUGGCUAAGACACACUAAGACUAACUCAAAGAUACUCGAAGUCAAUCGCUCAGAUACCCCGAAUUAAAUUUUAAACUGUAGAAACACGGUCAGAAAAAUAAGAGAGAAACAGAGAGAGGGGGAGAGAUAGAAAGAGAGAGAGGGAAAUACAAAAUGAAACCAAAAAUAAAUUUAUUAGCGACAAAGUUAGAUCACAGAGAAAACACAAAAACAAGUUUUGGAGCGAUUUUACGGAUUUUUGACAAAUGUAUAAGCCAAACAAGCAACUUAAAAUGAGAAACGAAAACAAACCGAAAUAGAGAUAAUACAAAAGGAACACAGAAUAACAGAGAUACUCAAAAGCCCAGGAGAAAAAACAAAACUAAAUUCGAGAAGAUUAAGAUAGUUUGUUUUGGUUACAACAGCUCUUUAUUUCAUUUUUAGCCCAUUCAUCGUCUAAGUGCAUUGUACAAUGCAUAUCCGUCCACAGCUUUGAUUGACUUACAUCUCAUUUGGGUUCCAUUAAGUUUUCUAAAAACCAACACACAACCUUCCUCAAUCCGUUCCUGGCUCCUAAACCCGCUUUGUUCUGGAGUUGAAGAAUGGCCUUUUCGAAAUUCAAGGAUCAAAUAUCAAUUCUAGUUAAUUUUAUUAGACGAAAUUUUUUGGCAAUCGGCAUCAGUUUAUAAAAGUUAUAAGUAAUUAUGCAUUGUCUAUUAGGUUUUAUGUGAAACUUCGCGUAUGGAAAAUACAAAGUGUAUGUAGAAUGCAAUGGAAGGAGCAGGCAGAGCAACUCUAAAGACGUAAACCAAAUUGUAUGCUAAUGAUAUAUACACAUCUAUAUAUAAAUAUAUAUUUACAUAACAUAGUUUAAGUCAAAUGGGAAUAUUAAUAAAAGCGAUAACUAAUCUGUAAA